GCGCGGGCGGAAGCGGAAGUGAGUGCGCUGGUGACCAUGGUGCUGCCGGGGCGGGGAAGGAGAUGCCGCCGCCGCCGCCGGGAGCCCUAUGAGCCUUUACGGUCUGACCUCACGAUAUCGCACUGAGAGGCGGUGAGCCAUGGGGGAAAACAGCCCCGAGAGCAAGAUUAUCUACUACGAAGUGGAGGAAGACGAUCUGAACCAAGAUGACAAUAUGAUGAGGUUUUCUGAUAAAAACGGGCUGGUUUCUUCAUCAUCGGGGACAGUCUAUGACAGGACAACUGUUCUGAUAGAACAGGACCACAGUGUGCUGGAAGAUGAUGAGGAGGAAGGACAGUGUGGUGAUCCCUUGCCUUUUUUACCAGAGGGUCAUGAAGAAGGAUUUCAUUUAAUAGCAGAUCAUGAAGGAAUGUCCCAGGGUUAUGUGCAACAUAUUAUUUCUCCGGAUCAGAUUCAUCUAACGAUAAAUCCUGGUUCAACUCCUAUGCCAAGAAAUAUCGAAGGAGCAACGCUCACUUUGCAAUCUGAAUGCCCAGAAACCAAGCUGAAAGAAGUGAAGAGAUACCAGUGCACCUUUGAGGGCUGUCCUCGCACCUACAGCACUGCUGGGAACCUGCGCACGCACCAGAAGACUCACCGUGGGGAAUACACCUUUGUCUGCAAUCAGGAAGGUUGUGGAAAGGCCUUUCUUACCUCCUACAGCCUCAAAAUCCACGUUCGGGUGCACACGAAGGAAAAGCCCUUUGAGUGUGAUGUGCAGGGCUGUGAAAAGGCAUUCAACACUCUGUACAGGUUGAAAGCACAUCAGAGGCUUCACACAGGGAAAACAUUUAACUGUGAAUCAGAAGGCUGCAGUAAAUACUUCACAACGCACAGUGACCUGAGGAAGCACAUUCGAACACACACAGGAGAAAAGCCAUUUCGGUGUGAGCACGACGGCUGUGGAAAAGCUUUUGCUGCAAGCCACCACCUUAAAACACAUGUUAGGACACAUACUGGGGAGAAACCCUUCUUCUGUCCCAGCAAUGGCUGUGAGAAGACAUUUAGUACACAGUAUAGCCUCAAGAGUCACAUGAAAGGCCAUGAGAAAGGGCAUUCCUAUAAUGCACUUCCCAAUAACAAUGUGUCUGAGGAUACAAGCAACUCUCUUUGUCUGAGUGACCUCAGCCUCAUCUCGACAGAUUCAGAAUUGCGGGAGAACUCUAAUCCGACACAGGGACAGGACCUGAGCACAAUCUCACCAGCAAGCAUCUUUGAGUCCAUGUUUCAGAGCCCAGAUCAUAUGGUGAAUCAGGACGACUCUCAGCAGACAGCUGCCUUGAUGGAAGGGUUCAAUGGGGAUGCAGAUGCGGUCGCUGCUGUCCCACCUCCUUCAGGAGACCCGGCCUCCCUGUCCCUCCCGCUGGUGCUGCAGCUCGGCCUCUCGGAGCCUUCUCACUCAGCACUACAAUCCUCGGCAGCGCCAGCUGCUCCCUCCUCCAUAGGAACCAGCUCACAGCCAGCUGCAUUUGGGAAUCCUGCAACUGUUUUACAAUCCCCAGAAGUGCCUGUUCCUCACAGCACACAGUUUGCAGCCAGUCACCCAGACUUCCUGCCGCGCCCCCCAGCGCCGCCGCAGCCCCUUGUGCAGGGACUGUCCGUGGUCGCUGGGGCUCCUGCCCCGGUAGUCCCCGGUGCCCCCGAGCCCCUGCCAGCGGUCGUACAGACUGUGUCUGUGGGUGCCAACUCUGUCCUGACCAGUAACCCAACCAUAACAAUUACUCCUUCUCAGAGCACCGCUAUUCUGCAGUCCAGCAUUGUCAUGGGAGAGCAGAACUUACAGUGGAUCUUGAACGGUGCCACUGGUUCUCCACAAAGCCAAGAACAAAUGCCACAAGUUCCAAAAGUAGUAGAAAAGGUUUUUUUUACUACUGCAUUACCAGUAACUGGCAACACAGGAAGCCCUGUUCAGCAGAUCGGUCUCAGUGUUCCUGUCAUUAUUAUAAAGCAGGAGGAGGCCUGCCAGUGUCAGUGUGCCUGCCGAGACUCUGCCAAGGACAAAGCCACUGUUAAGAAGGAAUGUUCCUCACCUGAUUCAAAAACUUUGGAGCAGCCAGCUCCCCAGCUGCAGCCUCAGACUUUUCCUUCCUCUUCCCCUUCUUCACGUGGGCAGAGCAGUCAGAUAGUUAACCCUUCAGACUCACAGACUGAAACAUUAAGUGCCAUGGAUGUAUCGGACUUCCUGUCCCUCCAAAGCCCUGAAACCCCAUCUAAUAUAAUUCCUAUUGAAGCACUGCUGCAGGGCGAGGAAGAAAUUGGUUUGAAUAGCAGCUUCUCUAAGUGAAGAUGUUCCAGAUUUUCCUUUGCACCUGGAGGGUAAGACCCUUCUUUCUCUUUAGAAGCAGAAACUGAAGGAUCGAUUCUUUCCUCUUGCUCUUUCGAAGUUUUGUGGCUUAUUUCUGCUUCAAAGAUGUCAUCUUAGUAACGUCCCAGGUACAUCCAUCUUUGAGAAUCUAUCUAAAAAAAAGAAAAGGUUAAAAAAGAGAAAAAGAAAAAGCUAAGUUAUAUGAACUGUUUUGGCUGCACUGUCUGUCACUUUUGCUUGUCAUAUGUGAACACAGAAGUUAAGGUUACUCGUGUGCAAAAAGAUUUUGAAAAGAAAAAGGGGGUUAGUUUGUCUCCAAUUGCACAUCACUUAUGUUUGGGAUUAAGGUACUGGCAUUGAGUGGGUCUUUGUUACAACUCCUUGGGUCUAUAGUUUUCUUCUGUCUCUUAUGUCUGAUACUAACAGUGCACUAUGAGGGGAGCCCAAGAGAGGAAUUUGCUGUAGUAGAGAAUGGCAUUAUUGUAGAAGCUGAUUUAUCUGCGAUUUUAUUGGAGUGUGGUUGUCUCAUCCCUGAGCUGGGAGCUGAUGCCUGGGUUUGCAUUGUACUAACACUGUUACUAAAGCCUGCGGAAACUUUUGUGGAGUUGAUUUCAGUAGAGCACAAGAACCUUGUGCUUCUGAUAGAUCUGUUAAUUUAAUUUUGUUAGGACUUGGCAGUGUGGUGGCAGACACACUGUUUCGCAACCUGGAAACACAAUUGGAGCCCCUGCUUGCUCAGGCUCAAGAGUCUGUUUUCUUUGCCUCUCUUUGAAGGAUGCAGUGAGUCCCAGAUGUAGUCAGAUUGGUGCCUGCUGCUCUUUUGAUUUAUUUGGCUCUGUCCAGAAAUAAGUCAUCCUCUUAACCCCUGCGACUGUUUAAUCAGGAGUAUGGUGCCUUUGCUGGUUACUCUCAUCUUUUGUCAGAAGCAACGCCAGGAAAAUUUUCAGAAUGGUUCAAGAUAAAUUCAGUUUGAAUUCAUUUAGUCUGUCCUGCAGCUGUCCAUAAAUGCUUCCUUUUUUUUUUUUUUUUUUUGUUAAGCUAUAUAAUUUCUGCCUGAAUCUGCCUCCAACCUACUGCAAUGCCAGCUUUUUGUGCACGGGGCUAUUUCUUGACUAAAAGAUGUUACACAACAUAGUUUUUCAUAUCAAACUGAAAGUCUAUAUUCUAACCUACUCAGGGUAAAUAAAAACACAAACCCCCCUUCCACCAAAAAGCCUGUAAUGUUGCAAUAAAUGCAGUCUCAUUCUAAAUGGUUUAUUUAUGCUGCAUUAUUUUAAAAGAUGUAAUUUUAUAGUGUUUUAUCCAUCUUUCUGGCUUUGGCUGUCAGUCUUGUGUUAAAGGAAAUAAUAUUAAAUAGUCUUUAUUCAGUUUACAGUGUUGUCAUUAGUGAGAUACAAAGAUAAUGACUGUAAGCCAACUAAUACAGAGUGUCUCUGUGCACUAAAUUUAGGAAUGCAGACUCCUAGUGGAUAUAGGGAUCUUUCUGUAUCUGAUCAAAGCUGCUCUCUGUACCUGCUGGGGGAGGAUAGCGCCUGCAGCCAGACUUGCUGAGAUGGCUGGUGGGUUUGUAACCCUCUGUGACAUGCCCUGUGUAGCCUUACCCCUGUCACAGCCAUGGCUCAUACAGUGGCUUAGUGACCACCUGGCUGUCCCCUGGCAGAUCCCCUGCCCCAGCACAGAUGGAGACAGGCUGAAGGGAACAGGCUUUUCACCUCCCUGACACCUUGCUGCCAUUUGUGAAGUGCAGAGGGGCAGAACUGUGUCGGUGAGGGUGGAGAGGUGUUGUGCAAGGUGUGUGGGGGCUGUGGUGCCACUGUGGGCAGAGUGUUCCGUUCUGGUGGGUGCAGGGGGGGCAUGGCUGGGCUGGGACCCCCCCUGGGGGCAGGGGUUUCCCCUGUGUGCAUUGUGGGGCUGAGCAGCAGGAGGAGGGUCCUGCUGCAGUUGGGUUUGUGUCCACAUAAUGCGAGAUAACAACGUGGUUUAUGUUUUGUUCUUGUCAUGGUCACCCUCAGAGGGCAGGGACAUGCUGGACCCCUUUGCUUUUCUCCUGCACCUUCAUUUUGUGAUGCAGUUUGCUUGCAUGGCAGCAAGAACUGCUUUGAACGUGCAAAAAACAGUCUCCAGCUGGCAUGGCUGGGACAGUCCUCACACCUUCCCUGUGGUGUCUGAGGGUGAGAGACUGCUAAUGCCGGUGGAUUCCCCUGGAGUUGUGGGGAUUCUUCUGAUGGGGCCUGAAGUGAGACAGCUGGGGGAUUUAGCAACCUCUUCUGAGCCUUUCUGUCCUUCGGAUAAGUGUUUUCCAUGCUACUUUUGCUGCUUUUUGCUGAGUCCACCUAAAACAUGCUUCUGGUUGAACCAGGUAACUUCAGAAACUGCUUUGUGACAGAAAUGAAUAGAACAACCUACCAAAGACUUUGAAAUCAGAAGUUAAUUUGGAGGUGUGGUUGGCAGCAGUGAGGUGCUGCACCUGCCCUUCCUGAGUGAGCGUCAGGAGUGACCCUUACUGCUGUCUUCACAGCUACUGUUUUCUGUUGGUGUGUUCUAGGAAAAGCUAGUUUUUGCUGACUUUUAGGCACACAGGGUUUGCCAUUACCCCCUUGUGUGUGCUUCAGGUAGGCUGCAAUUUAGGUGAAACUGACUGGAGCUUGUAUGAGGCAAGAGCAGCCUGGUUCUGUGAGAGCCCUACAGACUGUGCAUUCCACCCAUUCGUGUUGUGUGUGUUUUGUUGUUUAAUUGUUGGUCUGCUUUCCAUGCUGCUUGUAUAUGUUGGUUUCCCAGUGGAUGUUUGAUUGUCCCCAGUGCUGUGUGAUCAAGCGCUGUGCUGCUGGUUGGUCGUUAACACGCUUGGACAGGAGGAGAUCUGGGAAUAGCUGGGGCAGUUGCAACAAAGCCCUGAGAUUCCUCAGGGCCAGAAAAUUUUCUGUCCUUCUCUCCUUGUUGCCCCAGCAUUUGCCAUAUUCACAGUAGCAUUUUUAAUAAAGGGAGCAGUUUCUACCACUGUACCUCUGGUAAGACGUUAGGUUCUCAGAAAGGGGCUUGUUCUGUUAACACUCUGGAGUCUCUGAGAACAGUGUGCCCUUCCUCUGCAAAAUCUGCAUUUCCCAAACCCCUUUAAUUAUUAGUCAGAGAGCAACACAGCUUGGGGUCCUCUGUGUUAAAGGUGUUGCUGUUUUGUGACGUGUGGGGAUUUACUGGUUACUUAAAGUUUCUAGAUGGGUGCAGAAGCUUAAACAUGUGGAAAGGGUCUAAUUACCAACCUCAGUAGCUCUGAUUGCCAAGCUGUGACUGAAGUGAGCUUACUUGGUGUUCAGCUGAAGGCUGUAGAAGUUGCUUUAGAUGGUAGAGGGGUGGAAAAUCAGCACUGUGUAAGUGCUGGCACUGAAUUAUCUAGAACAAAGUACGAAUUUGGCACCUCCAAUGCUGACUGUGUCCAGGAAGACUAGUUUGCAGAACCUCAUACUGGUAUCUAAAAUGCACUUUAGGUUAUUUUAUCUUUAACCCAGUUGCUGCAAUUUCUUUUGUAUAUACUUUCACAAAGUUUAUUUUUGCUCUGAGUAAAAGUUAACAGGGGUGUGCAAAGAUGAGCACUUAACUUGGUGCAAUACUUGUAGCUAAAAAUCGUUGUUUCGUGUGGUAUGUCUGUGUCUAACAGGAUGUGUGUGUGGUGACUGCUCAGUGACAUCCUGCCCCUCCUUGUCUGUACCCAAGAGAAAUUAUGCAUCAUUAGCAAGUCCAAUCUAUGCAAAUCUUCCACUGAGGGCACUGUGCUUCGCAGGCCUUUUCUCUCACACUUUUCUUGGGGGCUGCCUGUCCCUUCUGCUGGACACAGCUGCGCUCCGUCUCACGCCCCAUCCCUGUCCCUGGGCUGCGCUGCCACGCAUGGACCAGCAGGAGUGACGAGCUGUUCUGAAACAGGCACGUAGCACCUUGGAAAUCUGGCUUGGCGGUCAUGUUUGGUGUCCUGUUAUCUGCCUUAUUCCACGGAGGGUGGCCUUCUGCAGCCAUCCAGGUAUUGUUUUUGCAACUGCAGUGAUGUUGUUAAACUGUUUACAGCACUUGUCCUGCACGAGGGGGAGCAAACCAGUGACUGGCCUGAGGGUCCUGGGCCUGCGGAGCGAGCAGGGAAGGUGCCGCUGCCCUGGGAGUUGGUUGGAGUUGAGAAGCUGCUCCUGGUUUGGGGGGAUGCAGCCGGAACAAGAGGCAGCCAGGUCUGUGGUGUGGAGCAGGUGGGAUGUGGCUCUGGGACCUUGGUUGGCUCAGUCACCUCUGCCUUGGUUCCCUCUGGGAAAUCAGAACAAUGAAACUUGUCUUUGUGAAACACUUAGACAUCCGUGGGUGGAAGGUCCUUGGUGUUAGUGACCUGAGCCAGCUGGGCAGAGCUGGUAGAGUCAGUUUGGACUGUAUGGCAACAACAAAAAAAAAGCAGCAUGUCUUUAAUAAACCCUGCACAUUUCUGACUGCAUAGUUUUUAGUUGGUACACUAUUUUUUUCCAUAACAUAUUUUGGAAACAAUGUCAAGUUUUUAUAAAUGUUUCCUGUAGUUGAGACUCAUGGACAGGGCUGAACUUUAAACUUUUUUUGCGUCUUGUCUCAAUAUAUAUCAUAUGUUCUAGAAGCUGGGUUCUGUGUCUGCACUGAGAAAUGCAAAUUAAACUGGAUAUUUAUGUAGUAGUGUACAUAGUCUUAAGUGUGUGUGUUCUUGGAACUAGUUUCAAAAUCCCACACCAUGCUUUUGGUGGUGUGCAAGCUGGCCAAAAUUUGGUUCGUUAUGCAGCGUACACUUUCUCAAAUGCAGUUUCUACUUUUUCUUACAGGAAAUUUUUUUCAUACAAUGUUUUUCAGCAAACUCAAGGGUCUGUUUUUGCAGUACUGUAUUUACAGUAGCUGGUCUGUCUUGCUGUGUAGCUUUGUGUCCUUCUACUUGCUUUCCCACCUGGAGCUGUCUGACCCUUUCUGGAGAGGUGUCCUUGCAGUCCUGUCCCAGACAGAGCAGCAGGGGGGGGACACAGACCCCCAGCCUGGGUGGUUCCUGGAGCCAGUUCUGCAUCACCCUUGGCAAUCUGGGAAUCUGGGAGAACCGUAAGGGUCUGUUUCCUGCUUCUGCUGUGAUUGAGAGGUGUGGGUAGCUGGGCAGUGGGCUUGGAGAUGACAAAUUAAAAGAACCCCAGUUUUUCAAGAAAGUGUGUAUUGUAUUAAAGGAAUUUAUUUAACUAUGAAACAUGGGAACAAAUGUGCUUACAUUGAGCAAUGUGAAGAUGUUAGUUACAGGUACAGUACUUCCAAAGGAAGAGCAUCUCCAAAACCCAAAAAAGAGUAAAUAUGAAUUUGUAUUUUUUGAAGAAUGUAAAAUGUGAAAUACUGGUGUUUGCUUAAUUGCUCAUUUUGUAUGAAGUUAAUAUUGUACUUUGAAAUAUUAGCAAAGAAGUGGAAAUUAACUUUUUUUUUGGAAUUGAAAGCAAUAUUAAUACUAAUGAAAUCCUAAUUAAAUGCUUAUUUAAACAUUG